AUGGUAUCUGCUCGUCGCGAACUGCGCUGUUUGCUGGAGCUAGCGGUGCCCAGCGCACUGUCCACCUACUGCUUCUUCGCCGUCUCCAUCACUGAGUUAAGUGUUGUGGGGCAUCUAGGUGUGGACGAACUGGCGGCCGUGGCGUACGCGCAGAUGUGCAUGGACCUGUCCAUCCUUGUGAGUAUGCAAGGCUUUAAUGCCGGUAUGAACGCGUUGUGCUCGCAGGCCUUUGGCGCCAAGAACUAUCACCUGCUGGGAGAGUACGCACUGAUGACGAGUCUUCUGCUCACUGUGGCGUGCGUUCCGCUGGCAGUGCUCUGGUGGAACCUAGGUGAUAUCCUCCUGCUUGCAGGCGUCACCGAUCGGGUGGCAGCGCUCGCCGGCAUCUACUGCCGAUUGUCACUGCUGUGGCUCUGGCCGCGCAGUAUGUUUCAAGUGCUUUCGUGCUUCUACCAGGCGCAGCACAUUGUGCAACCUACGGCGGUUUUCAACAUGCUAGCAGUAGCGCUCAACGGCUUUCUAGUGAUCGGGUUCACGCACGGGCACUUUGGAUUGCCGGAGCUCGGACUUGUCGGGUGCCCGAUUGGCACAGCGAUGGCGUUGUUCGCCAGACUCGCUGGCUAUUUCGUGUACAUGAACUUGUACCGCAAGUUCCACCGCCGAUGCGCUUGGCGCUGCGACGGCAGCUUCUUGGAUGCCAACAUUCUUCGCAGCCUUUUGUCUGUGGGAAUUCCACUCGCGGGUGGCACGCUGUUCGAAAACGCACAGCUCAUUACCAUGACGCUUUUCGCUGCGACGAUCGGUGAGGUCCAGCUAGGCACACACAACGCGAUGAUGGAGUUGUUCUUCUUUGCGACCUCGCCCCUUUAUGCUGUCGUAAGUGCGGGGGUAACGCGCAUGGGCAUGCACUUGGGGGCAGGCAAACCAUCGGAGGCUCUUCUCGCAGCCCAGAUGUGUGGAAUAUGCAUUGCACUGCUCACCACAACCAACGGCGUGAUCGUGGUGAGCGCGCGACGACAGCUCGGGUGGCUGUUUUCCAACAACCCGCAAGUCAUCGACACCUUCAGCGAGAUAUGCGCGCUGGCCGCGUUGGCAUACUUUGUUCUGGCGUUCUUCUACUACUCCUUCGCGGUGCUGAAGGCGCAGGCGAGACCCAUGCCCAUCAUGAUGGGCUUCGCCAUUGGGGCGUGGCUGGUCGGCGUGCCCACGGCGUACAUACUGGGCGUGCACCAGACGCACCCGAACCUGCUGGGCGUCUGGCACGGCAUUAUAUGCGGCUACGCUGUAACGUCAUUCAUUGGGUUUGCGGUAGCUUUUGGGCGGCCCAAUUGGCAGCUUGAGGCAGACAAGGCGGUCGCGCGCUCACACCUCAAGGAGAAGGAGCUCGCGUCGCCGCAGGAGUCGGACAUGCUGCUCGCCUAA